AUGGGCGCGGACGCGCAAGGUGCGCGCGCGCGCCAAUUCAAAAUUCGGGAUAACCCUAGCUCGCGAGGCACACUGCGCAGUCGCGCACCCCAGCCUCCACCCCCAUCUUCUUCUUCUCCUCGCCCCAUCUAUCAUCGCAGCAGCAACACCAGCCGCCGCCGCGCCUCCCUCACCGCCGGCGACUUGCCCUCCCUCCUCAUCGCCUUCUCAUCCCCCUCUCACCGCCACCCAUUCUCUCUCUCACUCUUCUCUCCCUCCGCCCUUCAGUUUCCCGAACCCCCACCGCGCCACCACCGCGCCACCGCGCCGCCAUCACUGCCUUCCUCUCUCUCUCUGCCUUCCGUUCACGGCGGUGACACUCUGUUUCUGCUGCCUUAUCCCCCCCAUUUCCAUUUUCAGUUUUCCCGGCUCCCAGGUUCCUGCUCCAUUUCUGCUAUCUCUGCACUUAUCUCCCUCGGCGCUGAGCUACCUCCGCUUCCCGAUUCUCCGGCCUCCGACGAGCAGGAUCAUCAGGAGGAGGACGCGGAGGCACCAGCUCAGCAGGAUGCCCCUGCCGCUACAGAGCCAGCACACAUGGAGGCUCCACCUCAGACACAGGAGACUCCACCGGUCCCACAGCCACAGACAGAGCCAGAGCCUAUCGUUGUACCUCCCACUGAUCCUCCGGUUUAG